UAUAAUAGAUUGUUUGGAUUUCUUUAAUAAAUGUUAUAUUUAGUGCUCACCCGACAUGCUGGGGAGUUAUAACAGACGGGGUCAAGUGUAACUCGGUAACAAACCACCAUCUAUCAUACUUCAUAUCAAUGAAAAUACUUUUUGACAGUGGAAACCUCAUCAGAGGAGAUCUUUUUGGACUAUUUUAUAGAUAUAUUAUAUAGAUUAUAGAGGUUUAAAAAACAAUACAAUUGUUAGUUGGAGCCUCAAGCUAGUUUUUUAUUUUAUUUUUAUGCUUUAUUUUCUAUUUAUAGUCAAUAAAUGAACAUUCCCUCUCUUUUUGCAACACGACUCUGUGUUUGUCCUCACUUGCUGCUUUGGUCAUCGUGUGACAGGCCGACUACCUGCAGCCGAAGCUUCUGGGGAUUCUUGCCUUCUUCAACAUGCAGCUGCUCAGCUCCAGCGCAGGAGAGAAGGACCGCAAGAAGUUGGCGUUGACCAGUGUGAUGGCUCUGAUGCGACUGAUGGGCUCCAAACACAUCAGCUCCGUCCGAGUAAAGAUGAUGACGACGCUCCGCACUAGCCUCCGAUACAGAGAGGACUUCCCCCUGCUCUGCUGCCAGACCUGGGAGUGUUUCGUGAGGAGCGUGGAGCCGGCACACUUGGGCCCUUUACUGAGUCAUGUUAUUGUUGCACUCCUCCCCCUGAUCCAACUGCAGCCCAAAGAAACCGCUGCCAUUAUCCACUUCCUGAUACUGGACAACAGGGAAGAAGUCAACGACUACCUCCAUGAGAUUUACUUCCUGCCAGACUACCCUGAGCUGAAAGACAUCCACACUGUUCUGCAGAACUACAAGAAGCUGACAGCCAGCAGCAGUGACCUGGCCGCAGCGCUGCAGCUCUCCAUGAGAGCCGUUCAACAUGAAAACGUCGACGUCAGGAUUCACGCGCUGACCAGCCUCAGGGACAUGAUGCACAGCAAGCAGGAGUGGCUGCUGCAGCACGUUUGUGCGAGUGAGGCGGUGGAGCCGGUCAUCUCCAGCCUGGUGUCGGUGCUGCUGAAGGGCUGCCAGGACUCGUCCCCGGAGGCCAGGCUCCUCUGUGGGGAGUGUCUGGGGGAGCUGGGGGCCGUGGAUCCUGGACGUCUGGAUCUGUCACACACACACACACAUGGCGACCGCAACACCUUCGUGAGUGGAGUGAAUGAUCCUAACUUUGCCUACGACCUGCUGACUGAGCUGACCAGAACAUUUCUGGCUUACGCUGAUGACGUGAGAGCACAGGACUCUGCUGCUUACGCGAUUCAGGAGCUUCUGUCCAUCUUCGAGUGUCGCGAGGGUCGAACCGACUCACCGGGGCGCCGUCUGUGGAGGAGAUUCCCAGAGCAGAUUCAAGAAAUACUGGAACCGCACCUCAACAGCAGGUAUAAGAGCAGUCAGAAGGAGGUCAACUGGUCGAAGCUGAAGAAGCCGGUGUACUUAAGUAAACGAGGCAGCAAGUUCUCUGAUUGGUCGGCAACUUGGGCCGGAUACCUCAUCAGCAAGGUGAGACACGAGCUGGCCGGCAGAGUGUUCACCUGCUGCAGCUUCAUCAUCAAACACGACUACAAGGUCACAAUCUACCUGCUGCCUCACAUUCUGCUCUACAUGCUGCUGGGCUGCACACCUGCGGAGCAGCAGCAGGUAACGGAGGAGAUGCUGUGCGUGCUGACAGCGGGAGAUGGACGAGGAGGUGGGUGCGGUCAGGUGACGGCCUCCAGCCUAUCACAGCUCAGCACUCAGACUGUGUUCAGCAUGAUAUCUCACCUCACUCAGUGGAGCCGCCACAUCCUGUACUCCAAACCCAAACAAAACGACAGCGGGGAGUAUCAGCGUGUGGUGGCCUUCCUGAGGGGAAUCCCGCAGGAUGUCCUGGCCAAGGCCUCGCUACGAUCCAAAGCGUACACUCGUGCCCUCAUGCACUUUGAAGCGUACAUCUUGGAAAACAAAGAGAACAUUCAGGAUCAUCUCACCUUCCUGCAGACCGUGUACGCCGCGAUGCAUGAGCCUGAUGGAGUGAGGGGGGUCAACGCCCUGAGGAGGGAGGAGCCGUCGCUACGGGAACAGAUACUGGAGCACGAGAGCAUCGGCCUGCUCCGAGACGCCACCGCCUGCUAUGACCGGGCCAUACAGCUGGAGUCAGACCAGAUUGGUCACUAUCACGGGGUGAUGACCUCCAUGCUCGGCCUGGGACAGCUGUCAACAGUCAUCACUCAGGUCAAUGGAGUCCUGGCCAACAAGCACCAGUGGAAGUCGGAGCUGAACACCUACAGAGUGGAGGCAGCCUGGAAGCUCGGAAAAUGGGACCUGCUGGAAGAUUAUUUAAGUUCAGACCUGCAGUCUAAUACCUGGGGUGUGCGGCUCGGCCAGUUGCUGCUGUCAGCUAAGAAGCCGGAUGCCGAGACUUUCUAUGAGAAGCUGAAGCUGGUGAGGAAGGAACAGGUCGUCCCUCUGUCUGCAGCCAGCUACGAGUGUGGAACCUACCAGAGAGGAUACGAGUACAUCGUCAGGCUCCACAUGCUCAGCGAGUUGGAGCACAGUUUUACUGAGCUGCAGAAACAGAGGGAAUGCUCCGCCCCCAGCCUCAGCCAGCUGCCUCCUCAUUUUACGGAUCGACUGGAGAUGACCCAGAAUUCCUUCAGGGCCAAGGAGCCAAUCCUGGCCCUGCGUCGUGCCCUGCUCAGCCUGGGACCACAGCCGAUGAGCAAGGAGCUGGUCGGGGAGUGCUGGCUGCAAAGUGCCCGCGUGGCCAGAAAGGCAGGACAUCACCAGACGGCCUUCAAUGCACUGCUGAAUGCAGAGAACACACACCUGGCCGAGCUGGUCACAGAGAAGGCCAAGUGGCUUUGGUCCAAGGGCGACGUGCACGAGGCCCUCAUCGUCCUGCAGAAGGGCGUGGCCCAGUGUUUCCCUGAUGAUCAGCCACUGACGGACCCUCGCAGCCUGCAGACCAAAAGCAGGGCCAUGCUGCUGGUGGGACGCUUCAUGGAGGAGACGGCCAACUUCGAGUCCAAUGCCAUCAUGAAGGCAUACAAGGAUGUGACCAACCUUCUGCCUGAGUGGGAGGAUGGAAACUUCUACUUGGCCAAGUACUACGACAAAGUGAUGCCAAUGGUGACGGAUAAUAAGCUGGAGAAACAGGGGAACCUCAUCCGGUACAUUGUCACAUACUUUGGAAAAGCCUUGCAGUUUGGAAACCAGUACAUCUACCAGGCCAUGCCUCGCAUGCUGUCUCUCUGGCUGGAUUUUGGAGCCAAAGUGUGCGAGUGUGAGAAAGCUGGGCGAUCAGACAGACAGAUGCGACAGGAGCUCGGGAAAAUCAACGCGGCGGUGAGCGAGCACUGUGCCAACUUGGCGCCGUACCAGUUCCUGACCGCCUUCUCCCAGCUCAUCUCCAGGGUGUGCCACUCCAGCGACGAGGUCUUCACCGUCCUCAUGACGAUCGUAGCCAAAGUCUUCCUGGCGUACCCGCAACAGGCGAUGUGGCUAAUGACUGCAGUCUCUAAGUCUUCCUACCCCAUGCGUAUGAACCGCUGUAAUCAGAUUCUUAAGAAAGCAAUUAGUCUCAAACAGUCUCUGGAGAAAUUCAUCGGAGACGCCAACAGGCUGACUGACAAGCUGCUGGAGCUCUGCAACAAGCCGGUGGAUGGUAACAGCACCACCCUCAGCAUGGGCGUUCACUUCAAGCAGCUGAAACGUCUGGUGGAGGAGCCGACCUUCAGUCAGAUCCUGAUCCCACUGCAGUCGGUCCUCAUCCCAACGCUGCCCUCUACUGGCGGGGCAAACAAACAGCACGACGCCUUCCCCGGACACUGGGCUUACCUGGACGGCUUUGAAGACACUGUGGAGAUCUUGGCCUCCUUACAGAAGCCUAAGAAGAUAAGUCUGAAGGGUUCAGAUGGGCGGAGCUACACCAUGAUGUGUAAACCUAAAGAUGACCUGAGGAAGGACUGCAGACUCAUGGAGUUCAACUGCCUCAUCAACAAGUGCCUACGUAAAGAUGCUGAGUCGAGGCGGAGGGAGCUACAUAUCCGUACCUACGCUGUGAUUCCUCUCAAUGAGGAGUGCGGCAUCAUCGAAUGGGUCAACAACACAGCCGGACUUCGACACAUUCUCACCAAGCUGUAUAAAGAGAGAGGCAUCUACUUAUCAGGUAAAGAGCUCAGGAAGCUUAUUCUACCGAAGACGGCGCCCUUUGAAGAGAAGCUACGAAUCCACAAGGAGGUGCUCUGUGUUCGACACCUUCCUGUAUUCCACGAGUGGUUCCUCCGGACCUUCCCUGACCCAACGUCAUGGUACAGCAGUCGCUCUGCGUACUGCCGCUCCACUGCUGUGAUGUCCAUGGUGGGCUACAUCCUGGGUCUUGGUGAUCGCCACGGAGAAAACAUCCUCUUUGACUCUUUCACCGGGGAAUGCGUUCACGUCGACUUCAACUGUCUCUUCAACAAGGGGGAGACGUUUGACGUGCCUGAGGUGGUUCCCUUCCGUCUGACCCAGAAUAUGGUCCACGCCAUGGGGCCAAUGGGCACCGAGGGUCUCUUCAGACAAGCCUGUGAGGUCACCCUGAGGCUAAUGAGAGACCAGAGAGAACCGCUCAUGAGUGUGCUGAAGACCUUCCUUCAUGACCCGCUGGUGGAGUGGAGCAAACAAGCCAAAGGACAUUCUAAAGCUCAGGCCAACGAGACAGGAGAGAUAGUUAAUGAAAAGGCGAAAACCCACGUGUGUGACAUCGACCAGCGUCUGCAGGGAGUAAUAAAGAGCAGGAACAAAGUGCUGGGUCUGCCUCUGUCUAUAGAGGGACACGUCCACUACCUCAUACAGGAAGCCACAGAUGACAAACUACUCUGUCAGAUGUAUCUGGGCUGGGGACCCUACCUGUAAAACACACACCUAAAGUGCCCUCAAGGUGGCUCUAAACACCCAUGACUGUUUGUUAAAUAGCUCUUUUAUAAUGUAAUGUUUGUUCUAGUACUUCCAUCAUUGUUUAGUUUCCUGUUUUCUGGAAACAAAGGAUAUUUGUUGUAUUACUUUCUCUUGUAAUAAAGGAUGUGUUUUUUCAGAUUUGA